AUGAAGGCUGCAUCUGUUUCUCUGCUCCUUGGUGUGUGUGUGCUGCUGCUGUCUGCACUGACUGUUUCUGCAGUCUCUCUGUCUGUCAGUCCAAACCUUCAGCAGUUCUUCAGAGGAUCUUCUUCUUCAGUGUCUCUGAGUUGUGUUGAUGAUGGACAGACAGUUGGUGGAUGGACAGUGAAGAGGACCAGAGGAGGACUCGCUGAGGACUGUGGAGCAGCUGCAGGUUUCGUGUCAGUUACUGAAUCCUCCUGUGUUCUGGAUCUCUCCUUUUCCUCUGGUGGAAAUUUCUCCUGUGUAAACCUUUCUGGACAGCAGAGCGAUGAAGUCUCCAUCAGUGUUUCAGAUGAUUCUCUUAUCCUGGAGAUUCCUGCACUUCCUGUGAGGACAGGAAGUGACAUCACCCUGCAUUGCAGACAAAAGAAUGGUGACACAGUCGCAGCUUAUUUCUUUUUUAAUGGAAGUGUUCUUGGAUCUGGUAAAUCAGAGCACACCAUCACUAACAUCCAGCAGUCUGAUGAAGGUCUCUACUCAUGUUCCACUGAUACAUUGGGAUCAUCUCCUCAGAGCUUUCUGAGGGUCAGAGGUCCUCUUCCUCCUCAUGUACAGAGCACCACAGCCUGCACCUCUCCUGGUAUUUCUGCUUGUCCCUCCUCUCCCACAGCCCUCCCUCCUCCUCUUUUCUCCUCCUCCAUCAUUCCAGUUGUAGCAGGUCUGGUUUCUGUGGUUCUUCUGGUUCUGGUUGGAGUUCUGAUCUUCUGCAGGAAACUAAAAGAUGUGACUUAUGCUGAAGUCACCACCACACAGAGAGGUCCUGCUGAGGUCACCUAUGGUCAGGUGGUCUUCAACAAUAAGAAGGAAGCUGGCAGGAGGACAGAGCAGUCAGCUGAUGGGGCUGUUGUGUAUUCCUCAGUGAGAGCAGGUCCUGCUGAGGUCACCUAUGGUCAGGUGGUCUUCAACAAAAAGAAGAAAGCUGGCAGGAUGACAGAGCAGUCGGCUGAUGGCGAUGUGGUGUAUUCCUCAGUGAGAGCAGGAAACUGAGGACACACUCAGCCUGAUGGAGGAGCUUCACACCACCACGCUGAGCCACGCUCCUCCUAAACUCUGAUGGAUGUCUUAUUGCAG